AUGGCAACAAGUUAUCUUGAGUAUGUCCAUGUGAUAUGGAACUUCUGGGGUGAUUCUGAUGCAGACUCGGCAGAGGAGAUUACUUGGACAUCCUUCAGGACGAGAUUCCUAGAGAAAUACUUCCCGGAUAGUGCCAAACAUGAGAGGGAAGUUGAAUUCCUCACUUUCCAACAAGGGAACCAGACUGUGCUGGCAUACACAGACAGGUUUGAGUACUUGGCGAUAUUUUAUUCGCCCGUUGUUACCGAGGAGUGGAGGUGCAGAAAGUACGAGGGUGGUUUGAAACAUGAGUUGUGCCAUUUCAUAGUACCACCCCGGAUUAGGGAGUUUCCAGUCUUGGUAGAACAAGCCAAGGCGGUUGAACGACUGGAGAUGAGGCCUAGUAAGGUGGUGCGAUCCCAGAAGACUACUAUAGACACUCGCCAGCAGAAGAAACCAUAUAACAGACCACCAUCUUCUUCUAGGAAACUACAAUGUUUCAACUGUGGUGGAGAGCAUUUGAGGAGGGAUUACCCAAAACCCUCUUGCAGUUCGGGAGGAGGACCUAACAUUGGAGCCACCCAUUUGUUCGUGUCUAAUGAAUGUGUGAGGAGGCUCAGACUUGUGCUGCGAGAGUUGGGGUGCGAGCUGAUAGUUGCGACACCAGCAUCUGGCGAGGUAUCCAUCACAUCUAUGUGUGUGGGAUGCCUUAUGGAAGUGGCAGGCUGCAGGUUCAAGGUGACUCUCAUCUACUUGCCAAUGGAGGGCUUGGAUGUGAUUCUGGGAAUGGAUCGGUUGUUGGUCAAUCAUAUUGUUAUCGAUUGUAGGAGUCGCAGUGUGAUUUUUCCAGAGAGUAUGGGGCUGGAGUUGAUCUCAGCUUAG